AGGGGACUCUACCUGAAUUUUCCAGCUGCAGAAUGUGUAAUACCUUUAAAGGUUGGCAAUGAUGAGUAAACUGGAAUUAAAAGAAGACAAGAUGCUGGAGGUUCAAUUUGUGGGAGAUGAUGAUGUUCUUAAUCACAUUCUUGAUAGAGAAGGAGGAGCUAAAUUAAAAAAGGAGCGAGCUCAGCUUUUGGUCAACACAAAAAAAAUAAUAAAGAAGCCAGAAUAUGAUUUGGAAGAAGAUGACCAGGAAGUCUUAAAAGAUCAGAACUAUGUGGAAGUUUUAGGACAAGAUAUUCAAGAAUCUUUGAAAAAUGGCUCUGCUGCAGAUGGUGGGAAUAAAGUUUAUUCUUUUCAGAAUAGAAAACACUCUGAAAAGAUGGCUAAAUUAGCUUCAGAACUAGCAAAAACACCAAGAAAAAAUGUUUCAGUUAAUUUGAAGAAUGAUCCUGAAAUUAUGAUAAACAUUCCUCAAUGUAGCAAGGGACAUUCUGCUUCAGACAAAGUUCAGGUGAAGAACAACGAUAAAAGCGAAUUUCUAUCAACAGCACCUAGUGGUAUAAGGAAAAGAUUAAUAGUUCCAAGGUCUCAUUCUGACAGUGAAAGUGAAUAUUCUGCUUCCAACUCAGAAGAUGAUGAAGGAGUUGCACAAGAAUAUGAAGAGGACACUAAUGAAGUCAUAUUGAGCCAAAAGAUUCCAUCUCAGAAUAGAGUAGUUUCAGCUCCUGUUUGUAAAGGAACACCUUCUAAGAAAAUGAAAAGAGAUAAAACAAGUGAUUUAGUAGAAGAAUAUUUUGAAGCUCAUAGCAGUUCAAAAGUUUUAACCUCUGACAGAACACUACAGAAACUAAAGCGAGCUAAACUGGAUCAGCAAACUUUGCGUAACUUACUGAGCAAGGUUUCUCCUUCCUUUUCUGCUGAACUUAAACAACUAAAUCAACAGUAUGAACAAUUAUUUCAUAAAUGGAUGUUGCAGUUACGCCUGGGGUUCAACAUUGUGCUUUUUGGUUUGGGUUCUAAAAGAGAUUUACUAGAAAGGUUUCGAACCACUGUGCUGCAAGAUUCCAUUCAUGUUGUCAUCAAUGGCUUCUUUCCUGGAAUAAGUGUGAAAUCAAUCCUGAAUUCUAUAACAGAAGAAGUCCUCGAUCAUAUGGGUACUUUCCGCAGUGUACUGGAUCAGCUAGACUGGAUAGUAAACAAAUUUAAAGAAGAUUCUUCUUUAGAACUCUUCCUUCUCAUCCACAAUUUGGAUAGCCAAAUGUUGAGAGGAGACAAAAGCCAGCAAAUUAUUGGACAGUUGUCAUCUUUACGUAAUAUAUACCUUAUAGCAUCUAUUGAUCACCUCAAUGCUCCUCUCAUGUGGGAUCAUGCAAAGCAGAGUCUUUAUAACUGGCUCUGGUAUGAAACUACUACGUAUAGUCCUUAUACUGAAGAAACUUCCUAUGAGAAUUCUCUUCUGGUUAAACAAUCUGGAUCAUUACCACUGAGUUCUCUAACUCAUGUCUUACGAAGCCUUACCCCUAAUGCAAGGGGGAUCUUCAGGCUACUAAUAAAGUAUCAACUGGAUAACCAGGAUAACCCUUCUUACAUUGGACUUUCUUUUCAAGAUUUUUACCAACAGUGUCGAGAGGCAUUCCUGGUCAAUAGUGAUCUGACACUUCGGGCCCAGCUAACUGAAUUUAGGGACCACAAGCUUAUAAGAACAAAGAAGGGAACUGAUGGAGUAGAAUAUUUGUUAAUUCCUGUGGACAAUGGAACAUUGACCGAUUUCCUGGAAAAGGAAGAAGAAGAGUCUUGA